AUGCUGAAGUUUAUUAUGACUAAAAAUGGGAAGAUAUUUUAAGAAUCGACAAGUAUAUGUUGCUUUUUUUCCAAAAUUUAUGGCUUCAAAAGAAAGAAAGGGGUAGAGAGAGAGCAAGUAUUAAAGCAAAAGCAAAUACCAGAUGCAAAAAGAUGUAUAUAUGGGAUAGAAAUCAAGCAUUUCCAUUUAAACAUCAAAGAAGAAGUUAAUUAAUGAAGAGUCUCGCAAGUAUUGGAAGCAGCGGGAGAUCAUCCACAGAUGACAAUAAUAUUAAUGAUGAUCAUGACGAGGUCUCCAAGUUGGCUAUAGCAUCGUUUCAAGCAAGAGAAGAAGAGAUCGAGAGGAAGAAAAUGGAGAUGAGAAUGAAGGUCGAAUCUCAACUCACUCGCGCUGAAGAAGAAACCAAGCGUUUGGCACAAAUUUGGGAAGAACUGGAAGUGUUAACGGAUCCCAUGAGAAAAGAAGUUGCCAGUGUACGUAAAAGAAUAGACAUGGCUAACCGUGACCUAAAAUCACUUGGACAGACCUGCCAAAAGAAAGAGAGAGAGUAUAAAGAAGCCCUGGAAGCUCUCCAUGAAAAGAACAAUGAAAAAACUCAGCUGACCACGACCCUCAUGCAGUUGGUGAAUGAAAGUGAGAAAUUCAGAAUGAGGAAACUGGAAGAACUAGCCAAGAUUGUAAAUCCAAACACCUAAUAUACAUUAAACUAUUGAGUUCCUAUCAAUGUAAUCUUGUGUAAAUUCUUAUUGUAUCUUGCAAUCUUACCAUAUAUCAAUGCAAUACACUAUUUUUAUUUUUUC